UGGUUAUGAAAUCCGACAAAUUUCUUUGUUUUAGGUUUUUGUUCCCUUUUUUGGCCUUGACCGUGCAUAAAACACAGUAGUUGUUUACUUCGUACUGAGGAACCAACCAAUAUAGAGAAACGUUUUGGUUACGUAAUUCAUGUAUAGUGUAUGAACGAAAAACAAAUGAUUGUACACGGUCUUGAACCUCCCAACAUAAAUCUUGGCAUCUUUGUUUGCUCCUUUGAUAUUUGCCGGGCUUCAUAACCAGUUUCCCUCUAAAAACUUUGAGCAAACGAUCGAAGACCAAGACUUUUGUUUUUGUGGUGGCUCUGAAAAGAGCCAUUUUGAAUGGCUCCACAAAGGGCCAUUUAAAAAUUUUCUUGAACUUUUCGUACGAAUUAACAACCAAUUCGGUGUCCGGUCGUUUCGAAACAAAAAGUCGUUUCGAUAUAAAACUUUAAGAUACCCGGCAGCUUGAAAUUAUUAUAGAAUUUCCCCGUUUAGAAUUGCCAAACGAUACUAAAUGUUUUUGUUUUGUAGUGGACGAUGGCUCGUCUGACUUCCUUCAAAUCGGGCUCGUUUCAGAGAAGAAUCUUCAGGGUAUUCAGCCAGCGGAAAAAGCUCCGAGACCUCCAGACGAACAUGAUUUUUCUCCGACAGCAAGCCAUUAACUGUUUCUUUUAUAAGUUUCUGAUUUUCUAGGCUGUCUAUCGAGGUCAUAGACUGAUGCGAGGUUUCAAAAUAACUAUUUCUGGAAUGAUAACAGUUUCAUUAGACGUGAGAAUUGUGAACGUUUUUGUUUUUACUGCGAUUUGAGUGCGUUUGAACAACACUCACGCUUUCGGGCAUUGUGUAAUUUUCUUCGGGCAAUAAGGUCACCGCCCCCGCAAGUCCGAAGGUGUCCGUACGCCUAUGGCUGCAAGCAAUUAAAAGGUCAAAUUUCUUUUAUUUCAGUGAAUCGAUACUGGAUAACAGUUCCAUAUCUCGGAAUAGUCUCAUCUGCUUUUUUCUUUCUUUUUAUGGUUACACUGAAUCAAUUUACGUGGUAACGAAAAUUAAUUAUUACAGUCAAGCAAGAGAAAAUGAGACACUUCCUCCCUUUGACAGCUACAAAUCAAUGUCACUCAUAAGAUACGAAAUUGAAAAUGAGAGUUGCCACUUCCACGAUACUUUGUUCUCUAGAAAACCCUUUUUUAUAAGGAAUCUGAGGUUGAAAUUUCCCCCAAAAUUUAAAAGGAUGCAUUGCCUGAAAUGAGUAGUCCAGCACCUCUUCCAGACCUGUAUUUUCAUUGGUUCUGGUAACCUGUAGCUUCUAUUGUUUCUUCUUUUGGAUUAUUUAUGUAUUGUUUCGUGAGCCAAUAACAACACGGUGCUUGGACAACUACAGGCCUGGCGGCCCCCUGAAAUAAGAAAAUUCUUAGGCAAAUUCUACAUGUUCUUAUCAGAAAAUGAGUGUAGCCUGCGAAUACAAUCGCCAUCCAUCGAUCGUUAAACAGAACUUCGUUCAAGCCAUUCUCCCCUUGUAAACUUAAGCGGGAUGUAUUACCUAUCUUCGAGUGCUCACAUCGUUAAGGAUUACCCACAAACUUUCUAAAUUUAAAGAAUUAUUCAAGCGGACUUCAUAAGAAAGUGCGACGGUAAUUAUUACAAAGUUCGGCAGUCUCUUAUUACAAAAUGCGACAGCUUUUUUAUUACAAAGUGCGACUAGUGUUAUUACAAAGUGAAACAGCUAUUAAAAAUUGCGGCAAUUUUAUUACAAAGUGCGAGAGGUCUUACAAAGUGUGUCGAUUACUACAAAGUGCGACAGAACAACGUCCACAUUAGGAAACGAUAGUACUAACAUGAUCGGACUGACAACAUCUCAGUCCGUAAUGAUUAUUAUUAGCUGGAAGGACAUAACAUUUAAGGACUUACAUUAUUUUACUUUUUUAGUGUUAACAAGAAAGCUUUGGAUGUUACAAUGUUAAUCUUUCUAGAUUUUAACCCCAUUCACGGCUCUUGAAAAGGGGGCAAGCUUCUACUAAAAUCGCAUGCGACGUCUAGCCGUAUGUAACCGCAACAGAAAAUGAAAUGCGUUUUCUUUGAAAAGCAAAUGUAGCUUUUUUCAACUUUUUUGAUUUCCAUCUCUCACAUUUCUUAGCUGUAGUAUUCAUAGCUCCUAUGAAAUGAAAUGAAUGAAAUGGUUAAAAGAACUUCAAAAUGAUUUCGAUUUUUCUUCAGCCGAAAACAGAAACAGUUGACAUCCAAAUACCCUAAAUUUUUCGAAAAAAAGAAAUAAACUGAAAGGGUGGCAUCUACCCGCCUCCUCUGCCCCUCUUUAUGGACCAGAGCAAGCUGAGAGCUUCGAACACUCGAACAACUUCUGGAUUUGGUAACCAUAGGUUCUCGGUGACCGGACGUUACGUACGACUCCUUCUUAAUUUGUUUUAUGUUGACUUUUUUUCACAGAGAAAUGUGGCCAGUACUUGUCCUGUUGUUCUUCCCACAGCAGGCAUGGACCCAGAGCUGUAAUUCAUACUUUGGUCCUUCGGGAACUACGGCUUGCGUCCAGAUAUCUUCUUACAAUAACCAAUAUCAGUGGGCAACCUGCCUUACCGAUAGCUACAUUUUACAGAAGAGCUUUCAAAGACACACCUGUAUCAGUCCGUUUGCCAUUUAUUGCUGGUACCAGUGCAUGUUGGAAGUACAUGACAAGGAAUCCGGUCCGGUGACCAGCGACUGCUCUUGUUCGCCAAGCUCAUUACCAAACCCAACGCUGUCACCCACCACAUCUCUGCCUUCCUUUUGCUACAGUCCUUCUGGAACCAGUUGCCAGUGGUAUGGCAGCUGUCUGGAAAGGAAGUACCCUUGCAGAGGUACAGCCAAUGCUGACCCACUGAGGUAUGCCGAAGAGAUUUGCUGGUUGUAUAACAAGCGUAAAAGCAUUUUCAGUUCCGACGGCAGGAAGUGGGUAGAUGGUGUUCGUAAAUGCCUCCAGGUCGAAUUAGUCCCGUUGCUGCGUCCAUGGAACAAACCAACGUGCCAAGAGAUUGGAAAAACAGCGUUUGAAUCUCAAGUGUCUUGCUACAUGAAACCAGACGAAGGCGUACCAUCCAUUUGUGACCUAGACUGCAAAGAAUACUUCAAGAUCUUCUGGGUCAUAAAAGGGUAUGUCUUCAACGUGGAAACAAAUGGGGAAUCUCUCAGUGGACUGUGGAACAUUGACGACAAAUGUGGUUCAAACAGUUCUCGCAAUUGCUUUGAAGAAGGAGAGCAAGCACUGAUCAAAAUCACCAAACUAACCUUCCAGAAGUUCAAUCGACGAGGUAAACGUUCAUCUGAUUCCACCCCAGACGAGACCGCUCGACGCAAGUUUGCAGACGGAGUCGCUUCAGCCAUUGCAAGAGAAUUAAAGUGGGACACCUUCUCUAUGGACUGGUUUGCCUACCCAAGCGAUGCUAAAAAUACGAGCGAUCCGACCAGUUUAGAGAUGGUGAUGGUAUUGGCAGAUAAAAACGCGCUUGGCAUCGUCAUCUCCUUUAGCCCAUCUGUUAACCUCACCCAAUCUCUCCAACAGCUUUCCUCAGCCAUAGAGGGAGGAACCCUUCCCUUGCAAGUCGAUGAAUACAAUGUCUGGGUGAAAUCCUUGGCUUCAUGCACUGAUAAGUCGUGUAAUGACACCCAGACACUGGCCAAUUCAGACAAACCACCAGUUUGGCCCGUCCCUACCACGUCCAAAGUUUCUGAUGAUGGUGGACCCGUGACUGGUGAGAUCCUCAUUACCAGGAGCCCAUGGGCUCCUGUCAUUACACGGAAGCCUGGUAAACGUAAUGGUGGUGUAAGCAUCUCCCCUUGGAACGUCGGGAUGUAUGGGAUCACUGCCUUUGUGAUGAUGUUGACGAAUAAACUUUUCUUUUAAAUUAAACGUUGUCAAGUUGCAAGCCUGGAUAGCAUAACCAUAAAAUGCUGAUUUUACAUUAGUCAACCAAGUGAAUGUAGCUACAGUCAGGUAGAUAUCGUUUCUGCUAUUUUAUCUUGGCCUUCAAAGUCCAAUUCCCGUGGCCGACUAUUCAUCGGUGUACUCGUAUGAUUUCACGAGCUCGGUGCGAAUAUUAGUGGUAAAAUGCCCCGAUAUAUAUUUGUGUAAUCACAUGUCAGGCUAUUUUUCUCCUAGUUCUAAAUAACCCAAAGCCUAGAUUUUUGAAACGUUCGAAAAAGCUUUGAUCCCAACCAUUUUAAGCGCGACUCCGGAAACGAGAUAUUAGAGCAGAUCGAAAAUAAGAGGUCUGCACUGAUGUCAAGUCAUCUCACUAGCAGAUCGAUCUUAAUCGACAUACCGUCGCUUGCAUCUAAGCGUGGACACCCGACGCCAAAACAUGCUCUAAUUGGGUGUCAAACGUGGCAUGAUUGAUAAUCAAACAUUUGAAGUUUAGCAGACCGUAACGCGAACUUUCGCGCUCUGAAAGACUCUGAAGUCUUGCUCCAGGCAAUAUUUCAUGGUUAUACUAGAAGUAAAACCACUCUCGCGAAAGGCGCAUGCAUAUUGACACAGGUCAGGGUUAAUUUCCCUGAAGAAGUCUUUAAUGUCCAAUCCUUCACCAUUUCGUGCGCUGAACUUUGAGCGCGAAAGUUCGCGUUACGGUCUGCUAAACUUCAAAUGUUUGAUGACCAAUCAUGCCACGUUUGACACCCAAUUAGAGCAUGUUUUGGCGUCGGGUGUCCACGCUUAGAUGCAAGCGACAGUAUGUCGAUUAAGAUCGAUCUGCUAGUGAGAUGACUUGACAUCAGUGCAGACCUCUUAUUUUCGAUCCACUCUAAUAUCUCGUUUCCGGAGUCGCGCUUAAAAUGGUUGGGAUCAAAGCUUUUUCAAACUUUUUCGAACUUUGAAACGAGGAAUGGUGAAAACUCCCAUGAUGAUAACAGUGAACCUUGUUUUGACUGUAAAGGACUUGAUUUGGUUGAGCGAAAAACUUAAAAUUCUUUCAAUGUAUUUUUUAGUUCAUAAAAAUUUUAAAACAGUUAAUCAUGUGGACUUAGGUGACUAAAGAUUGAAACUACCAAGUAGAGUAACGCUAUAAAUGUUUCCGUAAAGUUUUCUUAUUUUGAAUUGUGUUACGAUAAAUACGACUUCAAGUAAGAAGGCUGCGUUUAAUUUUACGUUAACUCCAGGCAUUAUAGAAGGUAACAAAAAUAAAUCAUUCAGUAAUUGCACUUCUUUGUCCUGUUUCUGUUCUUUUCUGAAAUACUUUACUUAGACAACAGUAAUUUGUUAGCUCGGCAAACUAACCGUGGAACGGAUACACACAGAGAGUGGCUUGAUAAAACACCAAUAAUUAUAUUAUUGGAGGAUGUUUAGCAUGAUGGCUAGAAUAAUCAAGGCCGAGGUUUGUGUUAUCUGUCGAAGCCAAAGUCUGAGGAGGAUAACACAAACCAAGGCCUUGAUAACACUGAAUUCAAUAAUACUGUUUUAUUAUACAUACUCCUGAGGGUGUUAACAGAAGAGAACGCGCACAAUAACCUGUCACUGUACAGCACAUGCACUUGUAAAUAACGUUAUGUUUAAGCUUGCAACUUGCAUCAAGUAGAGUUUUCCUGACCACGCUUUAGUCUAAAACACUCACUGAAAUACUCUUUAAAGCCGACAAUGUCGAUAAGACAGAGUUCUUGAAAAGCCCUUACGGGCACCAAUGUUUAAUUGCACAUAGCUCAUGCAUGCAAGCUAAAAUUAUGUGAAAACGUCCGUUACCAAGGUCUAGCGUCACGGCAGCAAGUUGAAAAGCACGAUGUGUUCCAUACAUAUUUCAUUGCCGUGGCUUGCUUAUUGCACAUUUAUCCUCUUCUUGCUUUUCCUGAGCCGGAAUGCUUUUAGUAAUUGCCAAACACCCUUCCACCCUGAAAAAUAUGAUGGCCAGCGCCUAAGAUAGGAUAAUUAACUGUCGAUUGUGACGAAUCUGGACGACAUAAAGCAGACAUCGUGGAUUUUACUUUUUUCGGGUAAAACUAGCGUAAUUCCUUCCAGAAUGAUUUCGAAACAACGAAAAAAAAAUUGCUUUAUCUGCAAAACUAGAUUAAGACAGGAACAAUGAUAUAUAAAGCUCAAAGAGUGCACUGUUUAACUUCGUCAUGCAGGCUUUGGUUUUAUGAUUAUUAUCGGCGCUGUAUUUAUUCAAAUCUCAUCUAAGCUUUCCUGUUUCUCCAGAUCGCAAGAUAUCUGAUUGUAGAUGCGGCAGUAAAACUACUCAUUGCGCAGACUGAGGUAAACAAUGGGCCAAUAUAGGUGAAUUGAACGAAACAGGAAACAAAGAUGAAUUAUAAUUUAUAAGAGUUGCAUAAAAGUCGUCAACGUUUUUUUUGUUAGAAGUUCCGCUCAGCUUUCGAGCUCGUAGGUUAUUCUAUUGCUCUUCUGAUAAAUUUUCUAACCACCAAGAUGAGGUCCAAAUUUGUUCUGUUUUUUGCCCUUGUACACGGCGUUUGGUCCCAGCAAUGCAACCCAUUCAGAGGCCCUUCAGGAACCACUUCUUGCGUCCAGUUGCAGGCCUACAACAACCAGUAUCAGUGGGUUAUUUGCCUCACUAAUAGUUCCAUUCACGAACAAAGUGGCGACAGACACCAUUGUGGAAACCCCUCAAGCGAAUAUUGUUGGUACCAGUGCAUGCUCUUGGUGUACAGCAUAGGAAGUGGCUCAGUGUCCAGGGACUGCUCCUGCACACCUGGAAGUACAGCUGCUAGACAUCUGCCGCAAUCAUGUUACAGUUCACCUCGUGAUCCUUGUGACUGGUAUCGUGAUUGUUUGGUAAGGCUGUAUCACUGUGAAGCAGCAACUAACGCUUAUGCAAUUGAUUAUGCUGAGAGGUUUUGCAGGGUGUACGACGAGCAAAAAGCGUUACUCAGUCCUGCUGCGCAGAAAUGGGUAUACGACGUUCGAAAGUGUCUUCAAGCCACUCUAGAACCAUUAGUGCUUCCCUGGGCCAGCCCCACGUGUCACGAAAUACGACAGAAAGCGCUGGCUUCUCAAACUACAUGCUACUUGACUCCUGUCAAAGAUGCCAUGCUCACUGUUUUCUCGAUUUGCAGCCUUGAUUGCUCGGACUAUUUCAAGAUCUUCUGGAGCAUCAAACGAUCCUUCCGUAAGCUGGACACAGCUUGGGAAUCCCUUAAAGGCCUGUGGAACACAGAAAAAACAUGCGGUGUGGACAGUCAGAUUAGCAGCUGCAGCUUCAAAGAAGGCACAAAAGAGCUAAUCAAAAUCACAAGACUUGUAGUUCAAAAAUUCAACCAAGGAGGAAGGCGUUUAACUGAUUCUCUUCCUGAGGCUGAUCUCCAAAGUCGGUUUGUAGAUGGAAUCGGCCAAGCCAUUGCAAAUACCUUGAAGUGGAAAACAGAUGUGAUGGAAUGGCUUGCCUACAGCGGAAAUAUGAAUGAUGCUUCUGAUAACCUUGAUGUUUUGUUAGUCUUGGCAGACAUGAAAGCUCUGGGUAUUGUAACUACGUCUAUAACGUCCGUUAACUUAGACCAGACCAUCCAAGAGUUUGCCUCAGAAGUAGAAAACGGAUCACUUCCUUUGCAGGUGGAUGGUUACAAUGUUUGGGUCAAGUCUUUGGCUUUGUGCUCUGAUAAAUCAUGUCACCAGGCCCAGACACUGGCAAUUUCAGACAAGCCUCCAAAAUGGAAUAGUGUUACGAUAAUCUCUCACGGUGGCCAUGUUGGACUGGUUGGUGCCAUUGCUGUCUUGAUCAUGUGCGAAGCCAGUAUUUUCUGAUGCACUGAGAAGUACAUACAUUAGAUAGUUAUAGCAUGGUCUAUACGAUUCUGACUUAUCACUGCAAUACUUUUAAAAUCCGUAGCGUAUUUUUUGUAGCUAUUGCAUUGGACGUUUCCAAGGAAACAACCUCGUUGAAGUGAGAGGUUACAGAAAUGCUAAAACCUACCCUCAUGUAGUUAAAAAAAGGAUAGUGUUAGUAAAGUGCAACUAACCGUGAUAAACGCACAGGUAAACAAAAUAAAUAAAUUAAUAAAUUACAGGCGGCCCAGACGUUAAAUACGAUUAAUACGUGACGUUAUGCUGUUGGCGAUUGCGUUACAAUUUUAGCCGUUUAUAACUGAGACAAUGUAAGACAAUGCGUCGAAAAUUGCUCUCAAUUUAAUGCUACGUGUAGAAAAUAAUUUAAAUAAAAAUGGAUUACCUUA